GUUCGGUGAGGACUGUGGGAAAGGAGUGUGCCGUUGGAGGCAGAAGAGGAAUCUCUGUCUGUCUGUGUCCAUGUCUCUGUUCUGUUCCCGGCUUCAUUCCUACAAAGACCGCCGAUGUCCCUCCUGCUGUUCCGCCUCUGGAAUUAAGUCGGCUGGAUUACGACUCGGACUCUCAGCUCAUUAUUCCAUGCUGCCACAUUUAAAUGGGAGGCAAAGUUGGACCUCCGUGGACUGCACGAAUGGUGACAAACAGUUUGAUUCUUCUUGCGCUUUUAAAUGCUUCCUAGCAUUCAAAAUGACUUCACUUUUCUUCAGAAAAAGCGUUUUUAUAUGCAAGAUCAUUUCGGCUGCCUCCUUUUGGUGUUGUGCAGUCAGAGUAUAGGUUAUUUUACAAUAUUCAUUUUUGGAACUUGGCUAUUGAGGUCUAAUUUAAUGUGUAAGAUGAGUGGGGAAGAGGGGUAGAAACAUGUCUCUGAUUUAUCCUUCCUGAAAGUCCGUCACACUAGCCUUGGUCUCUCUGUUAUUUUUAAAAAGGAAAAUGUAACUGUGGCACAGUUGUGUGUGCUCUGCUAGGGUCAUAUAUUUUUAUUUUUGGUCCGAGUGAAGGCUUUUUAAUGGACUGCGGGUGAAACGCGCCACUCAUCCUGUUCUUUACUCUCCAAGGGAAACCCUCAAACUAAACUCUUCCCUGUUAACCCAUUUAAACGCCCCGAUCCCCCCCUGUGGGGGAUUCUCUGCACCGUCUGUCCUACUCUAGUUUUUGGAGGAAAGCAAACGCCAAACCAGUAGGGGGGAUACUGGGAACAAAGACACCCCCCUCCCUGAAGGUGAGAGGGGGGGAAGAUGGCAGCUCUCGCCAGCUCUCUCAUUAGACAGAAACGGGCGGUCAAGGAGGACCCGACGAACCGGCCGGUAGCCAACAAGCGCAAGCCCUGUCCUAAGAGCAACAAGUCCUUGUGCCAGAAACAGAUCCUGGUCCUGAUCUCCAAAGUGCGACUAUGCGGGGGUCGAAAAGCUCGAAAUGAUAAAAGACCAGAGCCACAGCUGAAAGGCAUAGUUACUCGGCUAUACAGCCAACACGGAUACUACCUGCAGAUGCAGCCUGACGGCACCAUGGACAGCACAAGGGAUGAAAGCAGCUCAUUUUCACAGUUCAACUUAAUUCCAGUAGGACUGCGGAUCGUUGCAAUACAGGGGGCAAAGACAGGAUUAUACCUCGCCAUGAAUGGUGAGGGAUACCUUUAUACCUCGGAGCACUUCACUCCGGAGUGCAAGUUUAAGGAGAGUGUAUUUGAGAACUACUACGUUACAUACUCCUCCAUGCUGUAUCGCCAGACCCAGUCUGGCCGCUCCUGGUACAUCGGUAUCAACCGCGAUGGCCAGGUCAUGAAGGGCAACCGAGUGAAGAAGACCAAAGGGGCAGCACACUUCCUGCCUAAAGUUAUUGAGGUCGCAAUGUACAAGGAGCCAUCGCUACACGAGCUUGCUGCCGAACCAGUGAGUCCUCCUCGCAAGACUGUGAAGACAUCAGAUUCGCCGACCCUGAAGAACGGUCGGAAAGAAGCUCCCAAGGCUGAUGCGUCAUAGCACAGGAGACUGAGGGAGGGACAAAGGGCAGCAGUGACGCUGGGAAUACAGUCGCCCAUUAUGCACUGAGGGUGGCUGAGGGAGUGGCCCUCACCGACCACCACAUUCCAGAAGUGCACUAGCAGACGCUGAGAGGUAAAGGGGUCAGAGGUCCAUCAGCAACCACGGAGGCCUGAGAGAGGAGUCCCCCCGCCCCCCCCCCCACCACCUGUCAGGAAGCCCUCGGCCUAAGCCAGAACUACCACCACCUCGCCCCGCCACUGUGUCACUUUCUCCGUCCCCCUGUGACUUCCUAAUGCGGAGUCCCCUGCGUUUCUCUGUCAUGCUCAAGGUUCUUUGUCCCGCCGACAAUUCCAUCUUCUGUGCCACCUCUCUAUUGUACUGUGUAUUCACCACUUACGCAUUCCCAGCGCUGACUGUGCAUCAUAAUCCUCACCCCUGGGCCCCCGCCUGAGCCCUAAAGUUGGUGACAGUGUGGCUCCGGCAGCUUUCCGCCCACCAUCUGCCGUACAGCGAAGUUAAUCACAGAGGUCAACUAAACCGCAGAGUAAGAUAAAACCGUUCACAGAAGAAAGUUAUCCACGGGGUUUCUGGGUCAGGUCAGGUCAGCUGAAGACAAUUAGGGUGUGAGAAAGCCAUAGCUAUAUUUAAACAUAAAAUAUAUUUUUUUUGUUGUAUCAUUUUAUUUUUCAUUUGAGUAUAUUAGAAAAAUACUGUGAUAAAACUCAAAUUCCUGAGUGAUUGGACGGAAAUGGACAUUGAUAAGGAAAAUCCUUGGGGAAAGAUGAUUAAGAUGCUCAACAAUGCUCAAAUCUUAACAUCAACACAUUAGCAAGGCGGUGAUGAUAAUGAUACAAAACGUGACUGAAGAAUUCCACAAGCCAUACAAAAAACUGUACGAAGGUCAGAUGCGCUGCUCAUUAAUUGUCGGAUGAAAUCAAAAAUAUGAUAUUUAAAGGAAAUUCUAUUCUUCCUGGGAAGAUGAGCCAUAAACACGAGUCCAUAGUUUUAAAAAACGGAGCAAUAAUGGACCAAGAAGCCAGAGGAUGACUGUGUAAGCGUCACCCUCCUCCCACCCGCCAUUCUUCUGCUUAUUGUUUUAGAAUAAUAGUAAUAAUAUAAUAACAUAGAAAUUGCAUUUAACAACUUGUUUUAAAUCCGUGGUAGAUCUGAACUGCAUCACCUGUAAAAAAAAAAAAAAAAGAAGCCAUAGUGUAUACUUCACUCAGCAUCUGCUGUCAGCAUGAAGCCAGGUUUGAAGCCCAACAUCAAAGAGGAGAGGAGCCUCUGAGCUGGAGCACUUGUUAUUCUGAGGAUGUCUGGCAGCUUAUCCACUCACUUGCUCUAUCAAAUCACCUUGGAAGAAUCGCCCCUCAAAAAUGUAGUUGUCUGAGUGAAUGUCUUGUUUGCGUUUGAACCCCAUGAGUCCGACUAAAUGGAUGCACCGUGUGCAAAUAAGAGCCGGUGCAGGAGAGAUCCGGAGAUAAUGUGGCUAUCCUCUACCCUGUCCUUGAGACGGGGCACAACACGCUCUUUGAUUUCUGUGAAUCUGGGAUACCUGGAGGAACAUCCGCCUCGCGUAUACUUUAGAGAAAUGUAAGAAUUCUAAAAAGAGAAGGGAAGCGAAUCUCCGAGCAACUCAAACACGUUGAAACCCUCACAAGGUACUUCGUCGAUGUCGUAUUUUCAUUCAUUUCAAUCAACUAAUAGUUUGGACUAAUCAUUUGGUUUGCAAAGGGUCUCUCAAUUUGGGAACAUUUUCCUGUAAAACAUGCAAUGGCCUGAGACUGACUGAAUGGGAGCAGUCAGGGUCUUGCCUUGUAAUGUUGACACUGGCUGCUGUUGUGUGCGGUCUGCUCUGGUCACCCACUGAGGAUAAAUAAAUGUCCCCACAAUGUUCAGUCAAAUGUGAAUUUGCAUGGAUACCAUUACCAAAACAAAGACAUCAGUGAGCCUCUUGGAAGAGCAACGCAGGCGAACUGUAAAAAAUACUCAAUUAUAUGAACGCUAAAAGUCACGGGUAAUCUCGAAGAGGUUCACAGCAUUGGCAUGGGGUCCGACUUGAAUGGGAAGAGAGGGUACAGAAUGUGAAACAGAGGUUUUAUGAGCUGAGAAACAGUGUGUUGAACCGUAAAGAGGUCGGUGCACGGAGGCAGAUAUUUAGAAAGAGUGAAGGAUUAGCAGGUGUAUUCUUGAGGAAUGUUGAUAAGGAAUUUCUGUGGUAGAGUAAGCAAAAUUCUUGGCAGGGUUUCAUGCGGCAUCUGGAUAUGAUAAUUAAUGUAAGACAAAGAGGCAUGCAAGGCACUGUGAGCUAUUUAUGACAGGGGGUCUAUGGAGGAAAUUAGUUGGAGCUUUACAUUUUUUCAGUAAGUCUUCCAUUUUCUGGGCUUUUCCAAGAGGAAUAUCAUUCAGUACCAAUUUAGAUGUUUUGUCAUUGUAGCAGAUUUUGCAUUGCAGGACCCUACAAAUCGCAAUUUUCGACAAGCCGGCGCUCCAGUGAAUUUCAGUACAGCGCUGAAUGCUUUUUAACUGUGCAUUACUAAGGACAUCAAAGUGAGUGCACAGUACGUAGCAUACAAUGUUUGAGGCUUUUUUUAGUAGUCACUACUCACACAGUUUCUAAUGUUUGCGUAUUCCAUCUGGGAGCUUUCUCGUGGCAGAUUACAUUUCAAAAUUGAUCAUAAGUCCACUCUAUGAAAGGGAACUAUUUGGAGUUGCAAAGCAGGGAGCGACAAGGAAAUAUUUCACGUCAAAGAGAAGAUCCUCCCCUCUUGGUUUAAAGUAACUCUGCGCUUCAUGGUUAUUUCCUUUAUUAAUUUAUCUCUACUAUCUAUAUUUCUCUAAACCAUAUUUUUGCUAGAAAAACAAUUACUCCAAUAUAAAAUGAGUUGUGCAUUAAUUUGCUUUAUUGACUCCUAAUCUUUGGAUUUAUAAACUAAUUUUGCAGCACUACUUUACAUAAGAGAUUAUAAAGUAUUUAAACCUAUGGACCUGAUGAUCAAUCUUGAUAUAAUUGUCACGUCAGACAUGAGAGAUACAAAUCCUCCAUAGGUUUCUUUCCUGAAUAGCGACCAGUUCUUACUAACGUAACACAGAAGAAGGCCUUAGAAAGUUUUUCAAUGGUGAAACUGAAAGUCAACCAGAAAGAAACAAAGAAUGUUGAGCAGCACAUUGUUGCAGACUGUUAAGUGAAGAAUAAAAGGGAAAUGUCAGACAGGAAGAUCUAAAAGGAGAAAAGAAUGUUUUUACGCCGAUUGUAAAGUUCAGGAUGUAUUGGAGGCAACAGGAAGUGAAAUAACCCAUUGAGCGAAACCAGUUCUGGGAGAAAUUGUCCCAUGUGAGGUAAAUAAGAUGUGCUCGCUCGAUGUUAUGUGGUUUGAAGACGUCAGAAAGUGUAAUGUGAAUAUGCCUUUACCUUUAAGAGCUAACAGCGAGGCGUUGACAUGGAAAAUGAAAGUACAGAUGUGGUUUGCAUGCCCACGCAUGAGAUUUAAAGCCGUUAUUCACUUUUCCUUUCAACACUACAUAUCUGUGGAGGUGUAUAUACUGUGUGUCUGCAAAGUGUGUGUGUGUGUGUGUGUGUGUGUGUGCGCAUCUAUGAUUAAGAGUUUGAUAAGACAAGACAGAGCAGCAAGGAGUAAAGCAAAGGGCAGGAGAUUGAAACAAUGAUCGAUAGACUCAAUAAAACCCAAACGAGAGAAGAGCCACCCUGCGAUGGGUGAAAUAAAAUUUCCCCAAGGUCUGAGACACCAAGAUCCAUUUGCUCAUAAUGAACUCCGAGGGCCGCUGUUUGAUUUCUAACAGUAAACUCAACAACUCUUUUCUCAAGGUGCCUACACUGAGAGAUGUUGUCUUGUUGUUGGAAAUUGUGGGAAAAUCAGCAGCCAUACUAUUCUUUGAGAAAUGUAUCUGCUAAAAGUAGCAGUCAAGUCAGUAGUUUUGGGAAAGCGUGCGGAACGUUGCACCCCAUAAGCAUUGGGCUUUAAUUGAAAUGUUUAAAAGUAAGGAGAUUAGAGAAAAAGGUUAGAGGCAAUAACAAAGUUAAUAACAAGAUUUGUCUUCUCAGCUAGUGAAGAUGCAACUUAAAAACAGACCCUUGUGAUCACACAGAAGCUCUCCAAAAUCACAGUUCAUGCCAACAUUAUAUUCUAACACCUUGAGACUGUCGUUAUUUGCAGCCGGUGCCGGGUACAUUGUCCCAGAUACUGCUGCAAACGAGCUCAAACCAUAUUGCACACUGCCAUGCUCACCAUGCAAACUGUCCUACCAUAGAGAGAAUUUUGUUAUAAGUGUCUCCCUCUAAUGGAGAAACUUGGUUGCUGAAAGGUAAUCCUCCUAUCAGAGAAACUGUAUGGUUUGUAGGCAUACUUUCUAAACAUAAAUCUAAUCACAAUCAGUCUUGCUUUACUGUGCUGAGAUACAAUACUCUCACUUUCCUGCGAGUCAUAAUGAAGUUCUGUUGUUUACACCAUGCUGUAAUGGGAUGAUAACUAUCAUAACGGAUUCCUAAUGUGGUUACAAAGCCUUAUGCUUCAUGUGCAACACUUCCAAAUACGAUAGCUCCUUACACUUGAUUGGUGCUCUCCUAAUGAAUUUGUUUUAGCAACUAAAACUGAACUGACACUGAUAGUUACUGAUUGUAAACACUAGUAUUCUUGCCGAACAAUUGUACGCAGAAAAAAAAAAAACAACACUACAUUUGGAAACAAACUCUGCCUGGCAAUGUCAAAUACCAAUUUGUUUUUUACCAAUGAAUGACAAAAAAGCCUAAUAACCUAAGAGAAAGGUUAAUCAGUCCUCAAAUUAGAUAAAAAUUGAAACACUUUCCUGAAUAAAUAAGAUUGUGAUCUCUAUAGAAUAUAACAGCAUGCUUUCACACAACAAAACCUGUCCGGAGGGCCAAAAUGUAUGGAAUGUUGCCAGUUUACAUGUAUGUUAAGUCAAUAAUACAUUAGUAUAUAUCCAAUGUAUGUCAGGUCUAUUCUUUUCAGAAAUGUAUUUUAAAUAAUCGGUGUAGAUGAUUUUAUUUCAUUGUCGUUGAGUUGUUCUACCUUGUCAUGUUUCCAUCUUAAUGCAAACUUCUCAGAAUUGUUGUUACUGUCCAAAUGUUCUUUCCUAUUUGGAUGGAUGGCACUGGUGCCCCCCCCACCCCAAGUGAACUGAACCCAAACUGACUCCACUGUGUAACCGAGUUGUGUUCAACAUGCGUCUUGUGACACACAGCAAUGACCCUGCUCAGAGUAACAGUCACACAAGUCUUCCAGGAAACUUCCCCAACUUCUCUCUCCUACUCUUAUGAACUUUUGUUUUCACUCCAAUCUUAUUGUCUUCGAUACAAAAAAGAGAAAAAAAACAAUAAAAAAAGAAGAAAGAAAAUAUCAACAAAAAAAUAAAAACAUAAAAAUGAGCCUUGAGAGAAAACUCAGGCACCUCCCGAGUGUCACCAGGGGUUUAGACACAUGUUGGACUUCUUGCAAUAAGAGACAAAGCAAGAGGCUAGGAACGUGCUGGCCUGUUGGACCACUUUGGGAGGCAUGAAAGAGGAAGGAAGACCAGCAAUAUGCAAUGAGAACAACCAGCCUGCACUCAAGGGAAAGAAACAAAUUCAACAGGCUAACAAACAAUCAGGAUUUGCAGGCUACAAAUAACUGCUAAUUGUCUAGACCAGGGGUCUCAAACUCGCGGCCCGCCGGCCAAUUGCGGCCCGCGGGACGAUAUUUUGUGGCCCCCACUUUAAUAUGAAAGUUUAAUGUUACUGCGGCCCGCAAGUUUUAUAUUGUAGCAACCCCGCUGUUAGCUGCUGUGUGGGACAAUGUUAUGAUGUUCUGGUUUCCUACUGUGUGCCUGUCCAGUGAAUGCGGUAUGCAUGUGAGUGACAUGGGGGGCGGGGUCGUGAGUGUGUGUGUGUGUGUGUGUGUGUGUGCGCGUGUGAUAGUGAGUGAGAGAGGGAGAGAGAGAGAGCCGGGAGAGAAAAGAAUGGCUUUGGAUGUGCGGGGAGCAGGAGGGUGAAAUUCAUCGUUUUCCGCCCUCUUUUGCGCAGGUCAUGAUGAAAAAAUGACUUGUUGGCAUUACUUUAAAAAAUCUUGGAAAGGAUUUCCACACUAUUUUAUUGGUUUCUCUCUAUGUUAAACAAUUACGUUACUCUAACACUAUGUCAUUGAGAUGGGUUAAUAUAGUUUUGUAGAGUUUAAAUCGAUGUGAAUGGUUUAAUCAGUUUCAACAUAACUUCUUAGUCCUCACAGAAAGCCAUUCAAUCAAAUGGAAAUCCUUUCCAUGAUUUUAUUAAGUUAAGUCAAAGAAUAAAUAUUAGGUGCAAACAAUGACACAAAUAAAGAAACCUUGUAUUAUGUG